AUGCCAACGCACCAAACGAAUUCGACUAGCGAGUCAACUCUGGCCGAAGCUCGUCCAGGGCCAGAUGUCGAAAAAGAUGAUCACACUUCACCACCAUCGGCCGCAGAGGUUGCCACCAAUGAUCCUCCCGAUGGAGGCCGUGAUGCUUGGUUGGUCACCUUUGGCAGCUGGUGGGCUCUCUUCAUAGCCUUCGGCUGGACGAACUCCCUUGGUGUGUUUCAGAAUUAUUACGAAAAAGAACUACUGCGCGCUUACUCUGCAUCCACAAUUGCUUGGAUCGCAUCCACUCAAAUAUUCAUGAUGUAUGGUGGCGGCAUUGUCUUGGGCAAAGUGUUCGAUCACUACGGACCUCGGUGGCUGUUGCUUGUCGGUGGAUUCGCUCAUGUGUUCGGCCUAAUGAUGACCUCUAUUUCCAAGGAGUAUUAUCAGAUAUUCCUGUCGCAGGCAAUUUGCAGUGCUAUAGGUGCCAGCGCCAUCUACUAUGCCUGUCUGGGCUCACUUGCUAGCUGGUUUCGGGCGAAACGCGCAACUGCUUUUGGAAUUGCCGCCUCUGGUGCCUCUAUUGGCGGUGUUAUAUUCCCUGUAAUGGUUGACCGUCUCAUCGACCAAGUUGGCUUCGGUUGGACUAUGCGCGCGGUUGCCUUCCUCAUCCUCGGGGGUCUUGUUAUCGUCAAUCUUACUGUGAAAUCGCGGCUGAUUCACGAACCGAAGCCAGUUCAUAUUCGACAGUACAUCAAGCCUUUCACGGAAAUCCCAUUUCUGCUUUUGGUCAUAUCGCUAUCGCUUUUUUCGUUUGGACUGUUCCUACCCUUCAACUUUAUUACUGCUCAAGCGCAGACCCUCGGCAUGUCCCCCAAUUUGGCGAAUUAUCUCGUCGCGAUUCUUAACGCAACCAGGUAUGUUUUUCAACUAAACCUCGCGAUUAAGGAAGUCUAUACUAAUUCGUUUAGUGUCUUUGGUCGUAUCAUUCCCGGUCUGAUCGCUGACCGGGUCGGUCGCUUCAAUGUCAUGUCUGUGGCAACCCUGGUUUCGGGUAUUCUAACCUUUGCGAUAUGGCUCACUGGCCGCUCGAACGUCGCAAUUAUUCUAUAUGCCGCAUUCUUUGGUUUCUUUUCUGGCGCUUAUGUCUCUUUGACACCAGCUCUUAUUGCCCAGUUGUCUCCUAUCCAGGAGAUCGGCAUUCGUACAGGAGCUCUAUAUUUUUUUGUGUCAAUCGCCGUGCUUACAGGGAGUCCGAUUGCCGGGGCCUUGGUUGCUGUUGACAAGGGUAAAUAUGGCUAUUUGGAGAUUUUUGCCGGGGCCACAAUGUGUGCUGGUGCCGCCCUGGUCGUGCUGACUCGUGUUGUGAAAGGCGGAUUCAAGUGGGCUGUUUUGUAA